CCACCCCUCCUUCUGUGCUAUAAAGCAGGCAGCGGCUUCUCGCCGGCAGCAUUGAGUCUAACAAACACAAGCGUGUAAGUGACGCGCUCCCGAAGCUGCUAUCUAAGAGUCUGCCUCCAGGAAAGAAGGGUCGCCAGCUCGCCACCAUUCACUUCCCAGCCUGCUGCCCCGCGUCUGCCAGGAUGUGUCGGACACUGUCUGCAUUCCCCAGCACCUGUCUGGAAAGAGCCAAAGAGUUUAAGACCCGUCUUGGAAUCUUCCUCCAUAAAUCGGAAUCGGGGACCGAGAAUGGGAGUGUCAGCAAGUUUGAGUGGGGCAGCAAACAUAGCAAAGAGAAAUUUGUUCCAGAAGAUGUGUUAGGAUGGAAGGAGUCCUUUGACCAUUUACUGAACAGCAAAAGUGGGAUAGCUGCGUUCCGGGCCUUCCUAAAGACUGAGUUCAGUGAGGAGAACCUGGAAUUCUGGCUGGCCUGUGAGGAGUUCAAGAAAAUCCAGUCUGCUACCAAGCUGGCUUCCAGGGCCCAAAGAAUCUUUGAAGAAUUCAUCUGCAGUGAUGCUCCAAAAGAGGUAAACAUUGACCACGAAACUAGAGAGCUCACCCGGAAGAACCUGCAGGGAACCACAGCCACAUGCUUUGAUGAAGCUCAAGGGAAGACCCGAACUCUGAUGGAGAAGGACUCCUACCCUCGAUUUCUGAGAUCAGCUGCCUACAGAGAGCUGGCAGAACAGGCCUGCGCUGCGGCUUCUACCUCCCAGUCUGGCCGCCGUGCGGGAGAAUGCUCACACACCUGAUCAGCCUGGUCGCACCCACACCUCUGGAUGGGGCAGCUCUUUGGGGGAGGCAGGAGCUGCAAGGCAGUUGGGAAGGACAGAGAGAGGAAAAGCAGCUGAAACCUCAUGUUCUGAACUCCAACUCUCCUGAAAUGUUUCAGACUAACCUGCUAACAAAGGGAAUGCUCCCCCCUCCCACUGUGGGAGGGAGCCAAAAGGAACAAAGGAAGCAGCUGGUCAAUGGGCCCUUCUGGCUCCUUACAUUCUCACUAGGACAAAUGAGGGUUCCUGAGAUGGUCAGUCUUUGGGGGAAAUGGGUAUAAAUGGAAAUACCUAAAGGGCAGAACUAGAUGGGUGGUUUGCCUAUUCAUUAAUUUGCUCAAACUCUGGGCAAAGAAGGCACCGUUGUUCUAUUCCGGGACAGGGAUGGCCUUAUUCUGCCCCUUGUCUACCAUCUGGAGUCUGAGCUGGCCCAAGAGCCCACCUGCAGCCCCUGUGUUUAUAUCUUGCCUACCUACAGCCAUGAGUCAACAGGUAGGGAGCCGGGGGUGCCUGCAGUCAACCCAGAUGAGGUUUUGGACCUCACUGAAAACAUCCCUGAGUCAGUCAUUGAGCCCUCUGUAGGAAACCAUUUUGUUCUGGGGGAAGAUAUGUCUUAGACCCUUUCCUGCCCUUUGCCAGGCAAACAGAGUUGGGCGCAAGAACUGGAGAAAAAUGAAUUAGGUCCCCUGACUCCCAGUUCACGGUUCUUUCCAUCACAUCCCUACUUAAUAUGACAGAAGAAGGGAAAAGCGGCUGUUGGGUCUGGCUUUCAGCCUAUGGAUGGGAAUUAGAAUCACCAGGGACGGUUUGGAUGGAUGGAACUUGAACCAGAAUUACGUUAGGUCAAUGAGUCAAGGCUCUUUAUGGAGUCUGGGAAAGGGCCUGACUCAAAGCAUAGGGACAAGGCACAGGGUGGGACAGGGUCAGGGCACAGGAGGCAGGGCCUUCAAGAGCAUCAACACCUUGCCUGUUUCAUUCUAGCAUUUCCGAACAAAUGCAUUCAUCCUUGAGAUGGCCACUCAGUUACCCAGACUGGAGAGAAUAGUGAUCUAGUGAGGCAGGUAGAGAGGGCUCCAGCAUGUCUGACCCAGGAGACAAAUGAACACCACCCUCUUAAGCUUGAGAUCUCCUCCAGGGAAAAGCAUUUUCAGUGUAAUAGGGCAUUGAUUUAGCAUAUUGUUGUUGUUAUUAUUAUUAUUGCUGUUGUUGCUAUUGUUAUUUAUUAUUUGUAAUGUUCAAAUCCCUUAACCUGGAGGACCUCUCAAAACUAGCAGCCAGAUUUUCCUUCUCUACACCCAAGUCUACCUCUGAGGCUGCCGGGAGCCCCUCACAGGAGGUCAGGAGCUCCUCACAGCCUCCAUAUGUGUUUAUUUAUUUAUUCCGACAUUUGGGACUGGUUUCCUACAUGUGAAUGAAGCCCAUGAUCCUCUAUCCUGUUUGACAACAUGUUACAUUAUGGUGAAAUAAAGUGAAAGACCCAAAUUGUGA